UCCAGAAUCACGUCUUGUUUGAUCAAGACUAAAAAUCUGAUUUUAGUCUAAGAAAGAAUCAGGGCUUUUGGAUAUCAAUAGCCACAGGAUAAUAAAGCUACCAAUUUUAGUCUAAAAAUCUGAAUUGUUAGACCAUUCGUUGAACUCAAUAAUGGGAUGGUAGGGCAUGUUUUAAGGUGAUGCAUGGGUUGUGUUCCUAUGGAUGCCCUCUUCCUCCGCCUUCACAAUUGUGAUUUCUUUAAUUUGGUAAUAAUUCCACAUAUAUCCAUAAAAAUCUUCCAUCUUUUGUGAGAGUAGAAACAUAAAUACAGGUCUUUAUUCGAUUACAACUAGGGGAAGCUUUCUAUAGACUAAUUAUUGGGUAAACAUGAAUGAACAAGCUAAGAACGAGGCUAUGAAUGUAAGAAGUUCCAUUGAGAAAAAGGUGGAAACUGUGGAUCAUCGAUCUUCGGCAGGGCAAGGGCAAGGUCAAGAAGAGAGGAAUGUGCAGGUUAUUCAUCAACCCCAUUCCAAAACCAGUGGCGGUGUUCUUACUGGUGCUGCUGCUGCCAUGGCAUCCACUCUACAAUCUGCCAAGGAUGCAAUUUCUAAAAAAUAAUGUAAAUUAGGAUUGUAAAUUUUUUCUCCAGACCACAUAGGUUUGACGGUGUGUUAGUUCAUUCUUGUAUAACUGGUUGUUGUUCCUUGACAUAGACAUGAACAUAGUGUUAAUAAUGUAUUUUUGUAUCAA